CUAAAAAGUUUAUAAAAAUUUGUACAGGCAACAUACCAGGAGGUGGUAGGUAUUGCAAAAGACUGGCUAGCUGACUCCAUCCAAUCUUUGUUAACGGUUGGAGUACAUUGGAUGGAGUUCAAAAUAUAAUUCAAAUAAAAAAAGUUUCAAACAUAUUUGGCCCUCAUUUGGUCACAUACAUAUUCAGGUAUUCCAUUAUAUGAUAUUAUCUUUUGACAAAAUCUUUAUUUUUCCCAGAUGUUUCCAUACUCAAAUGCUAAUUAUAAUAAUACAAUAGAAAUAAAACAUUUAUAAAUUUGAACAAAAAAAUAUAUUUAUCAUUUGGGCUCUACAUAAUUAUACUGUCUCUGAUUAUAUCGCAGGUUCCACUGUUUGAGGUAGAAUCCAAAAAAAUAGCAAUCCUGUUUUUUCCGCAAUUUUUGAGCCACAAAGAGUUCCAAGACUCCCAGAUGAGUGCAAACAAGGUAGUCAAAUGUAUCGGCAUAUAAAAAUUUUAUCAUGAGUAAAGUUUUUCUAGAGAGGUAGCAAAUUAAACAGCCUAGUCUAUUUGAUGAAAAACCUAAAUAAAAAUCAUAUUAUCAAAUGCAUAUUGAUUUAGUAACUUUGUUUCCAUGAAGAAUCAUAUUUCAACUCAAAAAAAAAUAAAUAAUUAAAACUGUUCAUUAUAACUAAACAAGGUUUCCAGAUAUUCAAUGACACAAUACAAUGGAACCCUUUAUUUUUCAAAGUAAAUAAGACUUGUGAUUUAAAUAUAGCACACAUAUACAAAGUAAGUUGAGAAAACAAUGUUCCAAAGAAAAGCUAGUCAAAACAAGCACUUAAUGACAUGUUAAAAUGAAAACUUGGUAUAUAUCUUUUAUCAGAGAAAAAAAAUUAAGAACGAUGAUAUUAUCAGACACCAGUAUCAUCGGAGGCCCUAAAUUCGUUAGGUCCUACAGUGAGUAGAGUCGUGUCCCUUUCGUUUCCCUCGCGUAUCUCACAAGAUUUAUUUAGUCCCAGGUUGAUAAAAAAAAAAAGUAGUACCGGGUAUUACACAGUCAUACUAAGGAAUAGAAGACCUUUGUGUGUAGUCAUUAUUAAUCUAGUUUACAAGUUUAACCAACUGGCAAGUGCCUAAUUUGGCAUGAAUUCUUAGACUAACGACUCAUGGACUCCAAAGAUAUACAAAAUUUCAGAAAUAUAUAUCUUUAGAGUGAAGAAAGCUCAAAUGAAUUCAAUGUAAAUAUCAACCAUCUGGUGGACUUUUUCAUUUUUUAUUUUUGCAUUUUAAAAAUUGUACUACAGACCACCCACUGACUUUUAUUAGGCUUAAUCAAAUAACUUUACAAAUUACACACGAUUUCAAUUUUGUUUCAAACUGGUGUGUUAAUAACAUAUUUUACUAAACUGUCUUCAACUAUCUUUUAAUAGAAUGUAUCUGCUGUACUUUCAGUUUAGGCUAUAGGCCUAUAACACAUAUUUUUGUUCACUUUAGAUCCGCCACCGAUUUUUGUUUCUAUUGUGGACACGUGAUCAAGUAAACUUUGAUCGCUACCUUGCCGUUAUCGGACAUUGAUAUCACUAAUGAGCAGACUACCCGAUACGUAUGUUAGGGCAAACAGAACAUUCUUAUCAUCAUUGCAAGGAUACUGUUUACCAGCAUGACAGUUUAUGACAAACUUAAUUAGAAUAGUGAGAAAAAUGGCUUCAAGUUCCAGCGGACCAGCUGUUGUUUCAACAACGGAGGAGAUUCGGGAACGCAUGAGCAAGUUCGACCUUCGAUUGAGAGAUGCUAAUUUUACUAAACCAGAGGGAUUUGUUUCAGCAAGCGUUCUUGUUCCCCUGUUCAUCCGAGACGGAAAAGUUCAAGUUCUCCUGACUGUGCGGUCAAAACAUUUGCGAUCCCAUGCUGGAUUAGUUGCAUUUCCGGGAGGUCACAUGGAUGAAGAUGACCAAUCAGUAAUAAGCACCGCUCUCAGGGAAGCGGAAGAAGAAACUGGACUUCCUGCGAAGGAUGUGGAUGUCAUAGCAGUCCUUCCUCCAUCUUUUGUGCGACCUAAUAAAUUUGUCAGUUUAGUAGUUGGAAUCAUUCCUUCCGAUUUUGAACCGAAAAUGAACGAAGCGGAGGUGUCGAAAAUAUUUAGUUUACCUCUUGAGAGAUUUUUGAGAGACGAUGUUGUGAAAAAAGAUAUGGUAAUUGGUGAAUCCGAAUACAUGAUUUUCUUUUUCCACGACAUGGUUGAUGGUGAAAAGAUCGAAACUUGGGGUUUUACAGCUUCGUACUGCAUGCUUGUUGGGCUGGCUCUCUGUACAUCCGAUUACAAACUUGAAAUGCAAAAAGGCGUUUAUCUAGACAGACACUCUGCAUUUUUAGUUAAAGCGAAUGAAAAUCACUUCAAGUCAUUAAAGAAAGUGUUCCAAUCGAAAGUAUGAAAUAAAUUUUUAGAUGAUAUGACUUGAGCUCCAUUGGGUAAACUUUAAAAGGAUUUUCCUCCUUGCAAAAACCUUAUUCACUGUUUGUUAUAUAAUUUUUUUGUUUAAGUUAUUGUUUUUGUCAUCUCACAAUCAUGUAAAAUAUCAAUUUUGUAAAAAAUCGUUUCUUUUCAAAUAUUUGAAAUACACUGUACUACCUCAAUUUUUUUCUGUACAUGUUUAUGGAUUUUUUUUCCAUGCACGUUCAUUUUAAUAAAGAAUGUGACUUCU